AUGGAAAUCCCGCAGUUGACGCUGGAUAUAGAUGCCGACUACAAGGACUGUGAGGUGCACAUUGUUCCGAAUAAACUGAAACGUCGACUACUGGCAGAGAAGAGGUUUCGAAACAGGGAGAGAGUGGGCAGUUUUAGAGUAUCAUUGGAUGAGAAUAGCAUAAAUGACGGGAAUGGCGAGUUGUAUGACGAUAUAGAACAGAUCUACGUACGGGAUAGAUCGGCGUGCAAAUACUACUCCCUCUACGGUGAAAGCGAUCUCCAGGAUAUCAACAUCUACAGGCUGAGAGCAGGUGGAACACCACAGCUAGUGAUUGAGGUGCCAGAGUUUAGAAACUAUCUCAUGUACAACCUCCUGGCGUCUCAGAUAUUGAGUAACCUCAUUCCAAGUGCAGUUCACUUGGUGAUUGAGUCCGAAAGCAGCAGUGUAGGCAAUGUGCCCCUCAGUGCAAUCAUGGAUCAGCUCUCCACGGGGACUUUCCAAGGAGUCAAUGGCGAAAGACACCUUGGAGGAAUCACGGCAAGUAUGUUCAAUGCUUCCGUUUCUGAAAUCACAACUGCUGUCUCAUUCUACGUACUCGAUACUCAUUCAAAGGGCACCCUUUAUUUGUAG